ACCCAGAGUUGUCAUCUGUCACCCAAAGAGGUUAUAAAAUAUGAAAGUAAAAUAAUCUAAAAUAAUCUAAGAAAAUAAUAAUUAAGCAGUAAAGUUAUAUAAAUAAUUUUCUCUAUAGAAGAUUAACGAUUGUCGUUUUAAUUGUUGAAUCACACUGGACAGACAAUAAUCGAGCUACAUCACGAAGGAAUAAUUUUAUAGUGGAGCAAAAUUCAACGUGUUUUGAAAAAGAACCAUUUGAAGUCAUAAAAGAUUGCGAACCAUGCACACCAUUCGAACUUAGAAGUAAAAGUAUUGGAGUUUGUAUACACACUCACUAUAAGGAGGUACUAAAAUGUGCCAACGGUGAAAUUGUAACCAGGAGUUGUGAUAGAGCAGCUUAUUAUGAUGAACAGGAAUUUUGGAGAUUUGAGGGCUUCAUGCUGGCAAUGAGUAUUUUAUCAACGCUCUGUGUAGUCGCCAGGAAGAAGGUUUUAAAUAAGCGUAUGCUACAGAGGGUCCAAAGGCAACUAGCAAAUUGUGUAUAGUAAAAAUGGCAUUGUUAUUAAUUGAUGUGUGGUGUGAAGAAGGUGAAUAUUUUGUUGAUAUAAAGACUUUUGUUAUUCUGUAUAUAUUGAUGUUAGCAGAUAGAUCCCAAAUAACACUCAGAGUGAGAAUAAUAUCAAACAAAUCUCAAGACACCUUAAUCAAUGUUGAUUUAACUGACUUUUGUCAUGAUGUUUCUGAUGUAUCCGAAUAUUCAACUUUUUGCAAGUGGCCAAUACUUUUAAUAGAUAAUUAUGUAAUAUCUGGUCUUUGCUCAGUAGCUAGACAAAUAUGUAAACUUAGUGUAAAAGAUAGUGUAAGAAAUCUUUUAGGAUUUAGAGAAGCUUGUUUAGUGGCAUGCGCUGAAAGUUCUGUUUGGACCAAAUUUUGUGAAAUUGAUAUAAUACAAAGUAUUGAAGAUCUUAUUUCUCAUAAACUUAAUAAAGAUGAUUAUAUUAUGUUGCCAGAAACUAUUGUAAAAUAUGAAAACCAUUUAUCACAACCUGUGAGGAUCCAUAAUAUUUAUAAAAUUGCUAGAAAUAAUAUUAAUGACCAGAGUUUAAAAAGUUCAACGCCUCGAGAGAAUCUUUCUGUGCAGCAUGAUUAUGCUGAAGGACCAUAUAUGUCACUGGCAGAUGUAAUUUUAUACCCUUGUUAUACUAUAUUUUUUCAAUACUUGCCUGAAAAAUGUAUUCCUGAAAUACCUCUCACAAGACAGUGGUUUGAUAGACUACAAUCUUUGGACAUACCUCAGACAAAUAUAAAGAACUUACAAACUGCUUGUAAUGUAAAUAAAGUUGUAAUACCAUAUGUUAAAAACGUGAGUCUUUAUAAUGCAGAUCCAAAUAGAACUGUGGCAGUUAAACAUACCAAACAAUAUAAAGUUGAGAAUGCAUUAGAUGCUGCAAAGCAUUAUGAAGAUAUUAAAAAUGACACUUUUCCUUUUGGAUUUGAACAGAUUUUUGAUUGGGACAAGAUACCCAUUGAAGUUAAUCCAAAAGGGGGAUCAUUACCUGAAAAACGUUCAGAUAGAAAAUGUCAACAGUUGGAGAACCUUGUUAAGGCAGUUUUACAACUGGUAGGCAAUAAGAAUUAUAAAAUAGUAGACUUUUGCAGUGGUAGUGGACAUUUAGGUCUACUAGUAGCUCAUUUAUUUCCAAAGUGUACAGUAGUUCUCGUAGAAAACAAAGAAAAGUCACUUUCGAGAGCUAGAGAAACUAUCAAGAAAUUAAAACUCAAUAAUGUAGUCGUGGUUCAAUCUAACUUGGACUAUUUUAUUGGAAGUUUCAACUUGGGUAUUGCUCUUCAUGCCUGUGGAGUAGCCAGUGAUUUAGUGAUGCAGAUGUGCAUUAAAAAUAAAGCAGAUUUUAUAUGUUGCCCAUGCUGUUAUGGUGGUAUUAAAAAUUGUCACGAAGUUUCUUAUCCGAGGAGUGAGGAGUUCCACAAAAUAUUUAGUUCAAAUCUUGAUCAGUACUUUCAUCUAGCACACGCUGCUGACCAGACGCAUGAAGUAGAAAACUUGAAAACGAAACAAGGUUAUUAUUGUAUGGAUAUAGUAGAUACCGAUAGAAGGUUGUACGCGGAGAAGUGUGGAUAUGAAGUAUUUCUAGGAAAAUUACAACCUGUUACGUGUACUAAUAAAAAUAAUUUGUUAGUUGGAAUUUAUAGAAAAGAGAAGUAAUUUUUUAUAUAUUUAUAAAAUGUUCUUGACAAUUGGAUGAAUAAAAUAAAAUAUACUAUAAUAUGUUUAA